CUGUGGAAUUAAUUAUUUAUUAUCUCCACAAGCGAUCACAGUUUGAAGGUAACGUUAGUAAUUGCAUAUAUAAACAGUGCUUUGUCCGCAGUUAUUUAAUAAGACUGACAAAAAUAUUAUUAACGUAACAUACCAGUUGAGAUAUGCAAUGAUUUAUAUGCCGUUUUGUUUGUUACUUUCAUGACAUGAAUGUAUUAUUCCAUCAGUGUUUCCCAUACAAUGCAUUUACUUAUUCUGCGUCACAUUUUGUAAUUUUUUUAUCCAUCCGUGAUAGUGACUGUAUCUGUGAUUGAUUAACUAGAAGAUAAACAGCACUUCCGCGUCUUUCUUCUUUCCUGACCUGUUUGAUGUGAGUUGACGCACGGCCGCAUGCGGGUCCACUCUCCCGUGUUUGCAUGCGCUCUCUUUCUCGAUGAGCUUCAUGUGUGUGAGUCCUCGGUCCCUACCAAUGAGUUUGGUGCAGUGUUUGCGUUUGUGUUUCAGACCCCUGUAUUUAUUUUUUUAAUUAGCUAGAAUUAUUUAUUUUUGAACAAGACAAUUUAGUAACAGUUAGUGUUGCUUUCGUCAACGAAAAUUAUGACGAAAUAUGGUCGUCAACGAACCUUUAUCACGUGACGAAAACGAGACGAGACGCAACGUAAAUGCUGGUCAUGUGACGAUGACUAUAAUUAAAUGUACAAUGCAAUAUUGUUGACAAAUAAAAACGAGACUAAAUGUGGUUUACAAAAUAAAAACUAUGCUAAAAUGUCUCUUCAUUGUCGUUGACCAAAACGAGACGAGACGAAAUGUUAUUAAUUAAACGUUAAUUAAACGUUAUUUCGUCUGAUGCGGAAUCCUGUUAGUUAAAUGUCGUCUGGCUGUUCUGCGUGUCUGAAUGAAUUAUGUGCACAGUUUAACAUACAACACGAGUGAUGGUCGAGGAUUUAUCUGCGUCUGCACUGUAUGAGGAUAUGAACACAAGAACUUCAUCUCCAGAGUUGCUCUGAGUUUAUUUUACGAGCGUUUACUGUUUGAGUGAAGCUAUCGGCAAACACAAAAACUCAAGCGUCUAACCAAAGACCCGUCAAAAUAAAAGUCCCGUUAAAUUGAACACUCCGACAAAAAAUACUUUAGUGAACUAUAAUAACUUUAAACCUCUCUAGCUCCAGUGCUAUGUGCAAAAAAAGUCUGCAUUAAUUUACUGCAUUCUGUAUGCUACUACAGGGCACUGAGGGCACUUACUCUUCUCCUGUUGGUUCUUUGCAAUGCUGGCAAAUGUAACCUUCCAGUUGACUUGCCAAAUCACUUCCAUUUGUUUUAUUAAUAAAGGAUAUUGGAAGUAAAAUCGGUCUGGGUUAUGACAAAUGCUACACACAGCGAGAAAAAGAAAAUUUGUAUAGGAAAAAGAUGCAUCGAGAAUUGUUUUAUCAUCACAUUCGCCCUCUGAAUCGUAAUCGAAUCGCAUCGUGACGUGCCUAGAGAUUCCCACCCCUACCGAUGGCCAUAAAUUCAAAUCAGACGUCUUCCGUGUCUGGAAUAAGAUAACCUUGUUCGAAAUGGGUUUGGCUAAAAUAAAAUGUUGGUUUCGUCUAUACUACUAUGUACUUAUACUGACUGGGUUACAUAGAAUUGCAUUACUAAAAAGAGACUAAAAUACAAUUUUCAUUGACUAAAACUGGACUAAAAUGUCAUCAGUUUUCGUCGACUAAAACUAGACGAAAAUAGUCAUGGAUAAUUCUGACUAAAAUAAGACUAAAAUGCUCAGACUUUUAGUCGACUGAAACUUGACUAGACUAAAAAGUGUAUGAACGUGAUUAAAACUAAUAAAAACUAAAAUGACAGCUUGACACAAAGACUAGACUAAAACUAAAAUUAAAACAGGCCGCCAAAAACAACACUAGUAACAGUGCACUUUAUUUUCACUCUUUCAGACCCCUCUAUUUAUUGGUGUAUAGAUGCAAAUGUUUUGCUUUGUGUGCAAGGAGGGAGUGAUUGUUCUAAAUAAAAUAGUUUGUUUAGUUGUGUUGUAAUCAGUGUGUAAAAAACAGAAGUAUAACAGUAAAUAAACAUCUGUUUUGCUUAUCGGGUAUCGGGCACAUAAACAUGCAAAUAAUCGGUAUCUAUAUCUAUAUACAUCUAUAUAUGUUUAAAAAAAAACAAUAUUGGUUGAUCACUACAAUUUAUACAAAUAUGCUUUCCUGACAUCACUUUUAGACGCUACUAUAUUGUCUCAAGCAAUGUUACAACGUGACUUGUUCAAAUUGUACUUCAUGUUAGGGCACACAGUAAUUGUCAGGAAUAGGAAGGGACAGAGAGAUUGAAAACCGAAGGUAAUGUUUUUAGGGAAGAAGAAUUAGAUUUUAGAACAAUUUCAGUCAGGGUUUAGGUCAGGUCAGGUCAGAUUCCUUGUUUAAAGGAAUAGUUCACCUUCAAAAUAAAAUGUUGUCAUGAUUUACUCACCCUGUUGUUAUUUUAAACCUGUGUGCUUUUCUUCUGCAAAACGGAAAAGAAGAUUUUUUGAAAAAUGUUGGUAACCAAAAACCGUUGGUUCCCCCUGACUUCUAUUGUAUGGACACAAAACCAACGCGAGUCAAUGGGGACCAACAUUUUUCAAAAUAUCUUCUUUUGUUUUCUGCAGAAGAAAGAAAGUCAUACAGGUUUGAAAUGACAAGAGAAUCACAGUAAAUAAUGACAGAAUUUUCAUUUUGAAGGUGAACUAUACUUUUAAAGGUGAUUCUCUCUACUAACGAUCUUGAGAAGGUCUUUAAUGCUUUUAUUUUGUCCUCACUGGACUACUGUAAUCGUCUUUAUGUGAGGCCCUGUCAGGCCUCUUAUUUCAUGCUUGUAGCUAGUUCCGAAUGCAGCAGCUAGGCUAAUUGUCAGGAAUAGUGAUCUGAUUUCUCCUGUUCUGACCUCACUUGGGUGGCUGUCGGUUGAGUUCAGUAUACAGUAAUGCCUGGCUAAGUCACGUUUAAGAACCAGCCACACUGAAGCAUCCAGCUCUCUCCAAUACCGUGUUAUUUUAUAACAACCCAUGUGAUGUGAGCGGCUUUAUUUACUCUGCUUUUGGAAAUGUGAACUGUUGAUGGCUGUGGCAAAGAAAUUGUCCAAUGUUAACACUGCAUAACUGUAUGCUUCAGUUCUUUAAUAAUUUUAAAGCUCUUCGCCAUCUACACUGUCAUGCAAAACAAGAACUAUCAACACGUGUGACUGCUGGCCAGAGUUUCAUGUCAUCAUCCCAAGUAGAUGUCGCUGUCCAACUUUGUGUGGAGCAGUGCUGUUGUGGUGCUGAGCGAUGCAUGCCUCGUUUGAGACUCUACACUGCUCAGGAUGUGUGUGUCCAUGUGCGGCUUUGUGUAGAACCUCUAUUGGCUAAUAAAACACUGAAGAUAGAGUUUAGUAACUCUGAAACUGCUGACUCCUACACGUUUCUCAUCUGGAAACAAAACCACACUGUUUUGUGGAACAGCACAAAUGGUGAGCAGUUUUUUCAGCCUCAUCAUACUAAAAUUCAGAUACGUGAUACAACAACCGACCAGACGUGUUGGAUUCUACGGUUUGUUUCCUGUUUCCUGGCUCAGCCAGGCCAGAAGGUCAGUGUGUCUGUUUACAGCAAAAAUGAGAUGCUCACUAGUGCAGAGCACAUCACACCAGAUCCAGUGCCUAAGGCCGAGAUUACUGUGGACAACCUUGCCAAACAUUUCACUGUCAGGGUGAAAGCAGACAAUGUCUUGAAGAUCAGACUUUGUUACAAGCAUUCAUACACAGAGUGUGAACAAUUAACCUAUUUUGGUCUGAUUGACCCGCAGGUAAAUCAGACUGUUAAUCUGAGCUUCCCCUACCUGCUGCCAUGUCUUUGUGUACAGUUAUGGUAUACAGGACACGACACCAAAAGAAACACUCAGUGUCCCCUAAAAGAGACAUUACUUCCACAUGGAGGCGACAGCUUGUCCUCUAGCUCAGCAAGAGUCAUCGGCUCUGUUCUGUACUGGAAGCCUGUCUGCCUUUCUGACCACUCAAAUCUCACCGUUUCUCUGUGCUGGCUUCUCCUUGAGCAGGGCUCUCAUUGCGUCCCUGACUCCAAUGCUGCCCUCUAUGGGACAAACCUGAAAUACAAUGUAUCUGCUGUAGAUAAACACCCUCAGAUGUGUGUAAAGUUUUCCUUAAAUGUCAGUCAUCAAGUCUUCUGUCCCUUCGUGUCAGAGGAUGGCUCUGAAUGGAGUGUGACAGCUGUCCCUAAAUCACUGCAUCUGCAAAUACAUCUGACAUCCAAUAUUGCAGCUUCUUUUGCUGCUCAGCUGUGCGCCAGAGAGGGAGACAAGUGUGUUCCUCAGGGAAAUGUCCUCUCAUGUCAAGUGGAUGGGGGGCACACAGAGGCUGAACUGAGCGUGCCAUUUUCUUUUCUCUCAUCAGGACUGUGUGUGCAGGUGUGGCACUUAGAACUUCAGGGAAGACGAAUAAUUUGCCCUGAUUACACACACAGGCGAUGGGGUCUCAUCAUUGGUGCUGCAUUGUCUCUUCUGGCUGCAGUGAUGGUAGUGGUCUGCAUCACGUGCUGUUUGGUCAAAAGAACAAUAUCAGUUUGGCGCUGUGCUGAAAGAAGACCCCUGCUGCUUGUGUGUUCGUCUGAUGACACAGCCCACAUUACUGCUGUGUGUUCUUUAGCGUCCGGCCUACAGGACGAGCUCUUCAUGGAUGUGAGGCUGGCACAGUGGUCGCAUUGUCGGUCUCAGCCCUCUCUUGCUCAGCUGGGACCCCAGCCGUGGCUGUACGGCCAGUGUCAGGCCAUGCAGAAGGCUGGCGGUGCCAUCCUGAUCGCAUGGAGUCUUGAUGCUCACCAUAGUUAUCUAAGAUGGAGAAAGAGCCAUUCGCUCUUGGAGAAAAAAUGGUCAUCCAGAUUCUGUAACACUGGCAUGUAUAGUGAUGUUGAAGGUGGGUGUGAAGACAAGGAGAAUAUGUGUUAUGAUGAAGAGUUGAUAGAAAAACCAAGAAAUUCAUCGUUGAUCACAGCUGCUGUUUUCAAUGCUGCCCUCUCCUGUCUGUGGACAGGAAUACACAGUGAUUUUCAUGGUGAAGGAUUUGGAUUGGUUUGCUUCCAGAACCUUGACACCAGCAAUCACAUCCCAAAACUCCUCAGGUGUGUUCAGAAGUACUGUCUCCCUAGAGACCUGUCCACUUUAAUACAUGACCUAGGAAGCUCAAGGAAUGGGAUUGAAAAAAGCAAAGGAAACAAUCGAUGCUGGCCACGUCUUCUUUCGAAAGGUCUUUCAUUUCUUGUGUCACGUCAGCUUGCAUUGAGACUGGCGGUAAAACUCCCUGUGUUGGACAGAGGCAGCUCGAAAAACCCUCAAGUUCUCGCAGAAAAUAAAGGGCAGUAAUAAGCAAAAGACGUUAAAACAAAAGAAGCGUCACAGGAACGUUGUGUCAUCAAUUUUGUCCAGAAAGGAGUGUUUGAAGAAAAAAAAUGCAGCAGAGCUACUAAGAGCAAACAUAUUACACUUACAAACAGCCAUGCACUGAGUUCCAUGCAUAUUGCAAAUGCUGUAUAACAGCCUCAACAUGCAACAUCAAAUUACUCCGCUUACUGAAUACAGUAGUAAAUAUUACCAGUUACCACUCACCUCAAGCGGAUCAGCGAUUGACAAAGACAAUGAUACAUUCCAAGACCAGAACAGUAUGUGUAAAUAUGUAAUAUGUAUGUGUUUUUUUUUUGUAAAAUGUUCUGCAUCGGUGAACAUUGUACCUUAUCGCAGUAUCAACUGCAAGUUUCGACACCUGGAGAAUGUUACCAGACAACCACUUUAGUUGUUCUGACUAGUUCAUAAAGAAAAUGAAAAUGUGCUCUGAUCCAUUUCUCAGACAUACAUAUAUGUAUUCUCCCCUUUGUAUUUGUCCUGUUUUAUUUAAUUACAACCACAAUCAAUUUUUAUUUUUUAUUGUAAUUAUUUUAAUGAAAAAACAAUUAUGGAUCUGAAAAAAUAAACGGUUGUCUAAAUUGUUAAAAUAAAUUG